CAGCCGACAUGGCUGCCGAUGCUUCCUCCCGCCCCAGUCCUUUCCUCCCCGGCACAGACCGCCGGCAGGCCAGGGCGUGAAGGCGGCUCCCGACUGGGAUGUGGGAUGAGGGAUGUGGGAUGCCGUCUUGCCCGCACCCUUCCUGCUGCUAGACAGGACCGCAGCAUUGGCGCUCCGGCAGCCCGACGCGCGCCUGUCCCGCGUGACUCGCAUACGCAAUGCAGCCAUGCUUAACGAGCCGACAGUAGCAGCUGCCAACCAGAAUAGCAAAUCCGUGCGACUUGGCACCACUCCAGCUUCCUUGAGGGUUGCAGAGGGAUGGUAUGUUGGAGGGGCCAUCGCUGAUCGCCAGGGACCCAGGGUGAGGAUGAGCCUGGAUGGCUCAGUGUGGGCAGGUCGGCACAGAAGAGGCAGUGGUUCCUCCUGCACAGAUAUUUCUGAAGUUGAUGCUCAGCUUCUCUUUGUGCUCCAGAGCCCGCUGAGCCACUCACCUGCCCGCAGCCCUUUGUGCAAAGCUGGAGAGGCAGAAAGCGCCAGCUGCUCCUGGGGUGUGCAGGGGAGGACUGGCUGCCUGGAGAGGGCAGGGGACAGCCAGCUGUGCCUGCCUGGGACACGCCGUGGGGCGCACAGUGCCGUUGCAGCCUGGCACAGCCCCAGGGGGACCGGCGAGGAGUGCGAGUGGCGCACACGUGCUGCGAGAGCUGUGGUACAGCCACAAAGCAGAAAAAUCCUCCUCUCUCUCCCCCAUCAAAUUAGGAGGAGAGCGCGGCAGAAAGUGCAUUAACUAAUCAAACCGCGAUUUCAAAUUGAUUAUUGCAAAUUGCCAACCAUAACAAUUCUCCUAAUGGCAGUGAUUUGAAAAUAAGAAAUAACAGAACUAGAGCCUCCAUUAGGCCCUGUGCUGUCCCGUCCUCGCACGGCCCUGGCGCGGGCUCGGUGGCUGAUGAGCCGUGGGUUGGCCCCUCGCCUGGGCUGUGCCGGAGCAGGCGCUGGGCUCUCCGCUGGUGCUGCCCGUCCGCUGUGGCCUGGCAGAUGCCGGCACGGGGAUGGGCAGCCUCACGGUGGGAGCACUGCUAUGGCAGCGGGUGGUCCUGGUGCCUGGAUGCGGGCAGCAGCCCUGUGCACCUUCCUAGCAGUUUCCCUGGCAACCAAGUCAUCCUGCCAGCAGCUUGCAAUGUCAGAAAAUAAAACAAGAUGACACCACAACUCCUAAAAAUAAAACCCCCAAAACCCAAACAAACAAGAGUGCCAAACACACACCACCACCACCCUGCAACCCCCCACCAAAAAAAAAGAAACCCAGCAACAUGCCUUUUUGUUUCCCCCACCCCAAACUGCUGGCCCCUUCUUCCCGGCUCCCACCUUGUGUUUUUGCAGCUGUUUGGGCAUGCCCUUGUACCGGGAGGAGCAGAAAGCACCCUACUUUAGAGGCUGCCCAUCAGUUCAGGCAGAUGCUGGAGGGCUGGGAAGCUGGGAAAUGGCUCCUGCCGGAGCUGGGAGCACGGCCCUGGCUGGGUGUUGGGCAGGUUCUUCCACGUUUGCUUCCUGGCUAGCCGGGUGGUUUGGCUACGUGUGUUGGAAGCACCAUGGGGUGAGGGGUUUGAAGGCACAUAACUGCCUCAGAUCCUGAUUUUGGCACAGAUAGCAGCAGCAGCGUUCCCCUGCUGCCACAAAUGUGGUGUAAGCAUCUAUCACUCUUUUCUCUUCCCACUCUCCUGUUGUCAUGGCUGUCCUCAAGGGGCCUUUGUGCUGCCUUCAAUGGACAUGGGACCUUCUCAUGCAAGGGCUUCAGCUGAAGGCUGGUUUACUGAUGGGAGAGCACGCUGGCUGUGUGUUUCAUGGAGUUACAUGGUCUUGUUUUGCUGUGGCACGAUUAGGAGCACCUCCUUAGAAGGCGGACAAGAUGGGUACAUGUAUUAGUGGUCCUCCUGUGCUUUUUGUGUAAUCAACCCUGCUUGCUGCCCAUAACAGUAGGUCCCAGCUCUUGCAUUUGGAGGCAAUGAAUUGAUCUUGUCGGACAAAAUAGUAGAUCAGCUCCCAGAUUUGUUUCUCUUUCAACUUUCCAGCUCUUGCCUGAAUGAAGUAUUUUACUCUAAAAGUGCCGGUACAAAAUCCAGAGCACUCAUUUCCCACCCUGUAUUUCUCUAGAGCUUUGUGAUAGUUCUUCCAAGCAUAUGAGGUCCAACACAUUGUGAAAAGUAGCUCUGGAGACUGAGCAUGACUGAGAACAAAAAAUCAAAUCACUUAAAGCCAUUUAUCUGUUUUGAACAACACACAACUACUUUCUUCGAGUAAUGCUUGUGGUUUUCCUACUUUGAGGAAUGCACAGACAAGGCAUGAGUAUUUUUUGGAUCUGUUCAAUGGGUCAUCAGGAGGACUUCUUCCAUGUACAACUGAACAUGUAGGGACUAGAAAUCUUAGAAAGUGGGAUAGAAAGCUCUAUAGUGGAAUCUGUUGCUCCUAAUAACACCUUCAGGGCUGGACACCUGUGUGUGGGGACACUUGCAGAGUUGUUUUCUACAGGUAAACCCAAGUAGUGUUGGAGAAUUUUUGUUUCUCUGGACAUACUGCCCUCCUUUUUACCUUUUUCUUUCUUUCUUUCUUUCUGUCUUUCUGUCUUUCUAUUAAUACAAAGCAUCUGUCUGCAGGCCUGUUAGUCUAAUGACUUUGACCAGCCCUAGGUUUCUUUUCUGAACCGCUUGGACAGUUCUUGCAGACUUUGCAAGGUAUCUUGCUUGUGUACCUAGUUCCCUUGUGAAGCAAGACAAGGCUUUUCCUUAUGUUAUAAACAGUCCAUCUCACUACUGCUUCGUGUGAUAUAUAACCUAACUUCUAGUUGCUGUAAGGGUUUCCUCCAAGGCACUUUGCUUCCCAAACUUAGUGUUACACUUGCAAGAGUAAAAACCUCACAGCUCCUUCUUUCCAUGGGAGGCAUGGAGUGAAACUAGAGAUCUACUCAGUUCCACAUGUUGAGUAAACCAUGUGCUUGUCAAACAUGUUUAUCAAAUUUGUUUCUCUGUCUAAAGCAGUUUUGCUUUGAUACCUGCUUCUUCCAGUGUUUAGAUCAAAUUCACUAACUGGUAGAGUUGUGUUUGGGAAUAGAGGUCCUUGUUUCAUUUUCUACUGAUGCCUGCCUCUAUUUAUAUUUAAUUGGCUUUAUUAAUCCAGGAGCUCAUAAUAACAAGCACUUGUGUCCAUGUUGUCUUAUAUUCAUGCUAACCCACUGGGGUCGAAUAUAAUCACCUGCCCUUUUGAUUACCAUAAACAUUUGAUGACCUAGCCAUUCCCAGCAGCUGGACAGGUCUUAUCACUGUUCUCGAAGGAGUUUGUUCCUCUGCCUCAGGAACACCUGUCUAAUGUCAAGAAGAUAAUUUCUAUGGAGAGGCUUAACCUGUUUGUACAGGACAAGUUUUGGGACUAUAGAGUUACCAGGUAGGUACGGUUGUUUGUCUCUGUGCAAGCAAAAUAUUUCUAAGAUGGCUAAACCAUUGCAGCUGUCCUCAUCUGCUUAUGCUGAGGGGCACUUGGAGGGCUCUGUCCUCUCCUUGGGUUCAUCAGUGUUCACAGAGGCCUGGGCACCCCCUGCCUUAUUGCCCUCCUCAAUCAGGAAGGGAGAAUGGCAUCUCUCAAGGGGAAGGGUAGCGAACUGGUUUGCUGACCCACUUCUAGUUAUACGUGUCCAGCUUCUAACUGUUACUUUGGGAAGACCAGACGAUUCUUCCAAUCCUGUUCCAUCAAAUACUGUCAUUUACUUGUCACACAGCUCAUGAACUAUGUCCUGCUCUCUGCCUGGAGCUAGUGUGUGCUGCCUCCUCAAGCUCUUUGCCCUUGCAUGCGAAGGAGCACGAGGGCAGAUUCGUGGGGAGCAGUCAGUCCUGGGAGGAUGGCUACCGGGGUCAUCACCACUCUUUUUUCCUUUUUCUUGUAUUCUUUUCCUUCUGCGGCUGUAGAAAGAAGGAAAAAAUGAAGAAGAGAAAAGAUGUGAUGGAAAAUCCAACAUAAUAAAAAUAAAAUCUGAGUGGGGAAGAAUGGAAAAUAUUUAUGAAAAUAAUCCAAAUAGUGUUUUGUUCUGAAUACAGAAAACAAAAAACAGCUUCUUCAUAUUGUGUGUGUUACUUUUUUCUGGUUUUCUACUAGCUCCAUUAAAACCUCAAUAAUGUACAGGAGUUUAUUAAAGGUUUUCAAGAUGAAACUAAGUUUAGUCAUUAUCACUAAAUGGCUCUUUGGUGGGCUGUA